AUGAAGCCACAGAAAGUGAUUCGCGACAAAUGCGUCGGCCAUGUUUUGGGAGAGAGCAGGACCUCUCACACGCCCAGAGACUCGAUCAUCUACGCCCUAGGUGUUGGUUGUAGUCAGGAUCCGUUAAACGACAUAGACCUCGCCUACACCUACGAGCAACAUGGCGACGGUUUCAAAGUUAUUCCUUCUUUUGCCACUACUUUUCCCUCCUUUGAACUCUUGCUGGAGGGGCUGCAAAGCUGUCCUGGGUUGCCGGAGUUUAACCCCAUGAUGCUUCUGCAUGGCCAGCAGAAAGUGACACUCUUCCGGCCGCUGGCAGAGAAGAUACCUCGAAUGAUCCAUCGCUCAAUUAUCAGCGACGUCGAAGACAAGAAAUCGGGUGCCUUGGUUACGGUCGCCUCCGACAGCACGUGUGAGAAAACUGGAGCUCUGAUCUGCCGAAACGAAUCCAUGCUGUUCAUCCGUGGACUUGCGACGGAUCAGCCUUCGAGUGCGACAGAUAAACGCAGCGCAGAAGACCCGCGAAGUCGAGCGAAGCGCCAGAAGUCGAGUGUCUCCUUCCAAGGCCCACCUUCAAAAGUGUUUGACAUCAAGACACCCGAAAAUCUCGCUCUCCUUUAUCGUCUAAGCGGGGACACAAACCCCCUUCAUGUCGAUCGCCAAAUGGCUGCCUUAGGCGGCUUCAAGCGACCCAUUCUCCACGGCCUCUGCACCUUCGGCAUCGCAACUCGAGCGAUCAUUCAGACUUUGUUGGAGAACGACCCUGAUCGCGUGGCUUCGGUGUCCGGACGCUUCUCCGCAGCCGUGACACCCGGCGACGAGCUCCGUGUUCAGAUGUGGAUUUCUGACGCGGAAGAAAAUGCAGGGAACGAGAGUGCGGUUCUCUUCAACGUGGUCAACAGAACCAAAGAUGACCAAGUGUGCCUCGAAAAAGGCAUCCUCACAGUUCGCAGCCCUGGCCCUCAGAUCUCAAAAUUGUAA